AUGAAGAUGGAGUGGACGCGCGGGAAAUGCAUCGGGAAGGGCGCGUUCGGCACCGUGCACUUGGCCGUCCACAGGGCCACCGGCCGCGCCUUCGCGGUCAAGUCGGUCGACGCCAAGGGCGGCGCGCCGGCCGCGGCGAUGGCGUGCCUGGAGAGCGAGAUAAGGAUCCUGAGGCAUCUGUGCUCGCCGUACGUCGUGGCGUACCUCGGCGAUGACGCCACGACCGCGUCCAGGAACCUGCACAUGGAGCUCGUCUCGGGCGGGAGCGCGGCGGAGGCGGCGGUGGCGAGGGGCGCGGCCGGCCUUGACGAGCGCGCGGCGCGGUGCGUCCUGCGCCGGGUGGCCGCCGCCCUGCACUACCUUCACGACGUCGCCGGGGUCGUGCACGGGGACGUGAAGGGGAGGAACGUGCUCGUCGGCGGCGACGGUGCCGGGUACGACGGCUCGAAGCUCGCCGAUUUCGGCGCGGCGAGGCUUGUGUCGGAGCCGGCGCCGCGCGGGCCCCGUGGCACGCCGGCCUGGAUGGCGCCGGAGGUGGCCCGCGGUGGCUCGUCGACGCCGGCGUCCGACGUCUGGUCACUAGGGUGCACGGCGGUGGAGCUGCUAACCGGGACGCGGCCGUGGUCGGAAAUCGGCGGCGCCCUCGAGGUCGGCGAGCUGCUGCUCCACAUCGGCUACGGCGGGAAGCGACCAGAGCUCCCCGCGUGCCUCUCCGACUCCUGCAGCGACUUCCUCGACAAGUGCCUCCGCCGCGACGCUGGCGAGCGGUGGAGCUGCGAGCAGCUCCUGCGCCACCCAUUCCUCUCCGCGGACACCCACGACGCCGGCGAGCCGUCGCCGUCCCCGCGAGCGGUUCUUGACUGGGCGGCGUCGGACUCGGACUCCGAUGCGUCCUCCGAUUGCCAUUUGGAGGCCGACAUCGAGGACGAGGUGAUCAUGGCGAGCGCCAAGGAAAGGAUUGCCGAAUUGGCAUCAGACAGGCCGCGCCCAAGCUGGGUGAGGGAGCUGGAGGAAGGCCCCACCUGGGCGUCCGACACUUGGGCCCCACCGCCCAGUCUCGAGAUGUCAACCGAUGUAGUAGUACUACCACUGGUACCAUCGCCAUCCGACGCUGCCACAGUCGCUGACGCGGGAAAUGGCGGCGCCGGUGGGCCCGCCGUAAGCCGUGACGGCGUCCUCGUGACCGGCGGGAGCGACGGCGGAAGCCGCCGUGUCGACGGCCGUUGUUGGCGCGACGAUCGCUGUGGGUACCAUAAAUGUGGGUCUGGGUUUGAUCGGCCUCCUAGUUGGCCGCCGCUGGCCGUUGCGUCCGUGCUGGUGUCAUGUAUUCUCUCGCAUUUGAUUCAAUCAAAGAUUUUGCUUCAGCAAGCAACCAGUGAAUUGAUGUUUUUUAUUACAGUUUCUGGUUCGUUUUUUUUACAGCACAGUUUCUGGUUCAUGUUUCUUGGGAUGGUUUUGCUGCUAGUUGGGUGA